CCAGUGGGGAAGGAUCUCUUUCUGGAGAUCCCUCCUUUGGAGUUUUACAGCAUGCCCGGGACAUGGAAUGUGAAAGCAUUUGCAUCUUCAGAUAGCCUAGCCAAGGUCCAAGAAGUAGCAAGCUGGCUUUUGGAAAUGAAUCAGGAACUGCUCUCUGUGGGCAGCAAGAGGCGACGAACUGGUGGAUCUCUUCGAGCUAAUGCUUCCUCAAGCCAAGUAGAUGAGGAGCAGAUGAAUCGGGUUGUAGAAGAGGAGGAGCAGCAGCAAAGACAACAACAGGAGGAACAGCACAUUGGGAGGAACGGAGAGAUAAGAGGAGAAGAAUCUGGGUUUGAUGACAGACGUGAAUCCCAGCAAGAACAGUUAGAAGAAAAUAACAAUAGACUUAUUACAGUGGAUGAAGAAUCCACUUGUAACCAAGAGGAAGAUGAUGAUGAACAUGCUGGUGAUCAAGAGGAAGAGGUGGAAGAGGAGGAGGAAAUGGACCAGGAGAGUGAUGAUUUUGAUCAGUCUGAUGACAGCAGUAGAGAAGAUGAACAUGCUAACAGUAACAGUGUUACUAAUUCCAGUAGCCUCAUAGACUUGCCUAUUCACCAGUCAUCGCCGUUCUACAUAAAGACAAAGAUGAAGAGAAAGUUGGACCAUGGCUCCGAGGUCCGUUCUUUCUCUCUGGGGAAGAAACCCUGCAAAGUCUCAGAAUACACAAGUACCACAGGGCUGGUGCCAUGCUCUGCCACACCGACCACUUUUGGGGACCUGAGGGCAGCCAAUGGCCAGGGGCAGCAGCGCCGCCGCAUUACAUCUGUGCAGCCACCCACGGGCCUUCAGGAAUGGCUGAAAAUGUUUCAGAGCUGGAGUGGACCAGAGAAAUUACUUGCUUUAGAUGAACUCAUUGACAGUUGUGAACCAACACAAGUGAAACACAUGAUGCAAGUGAUAGAACCCCAGUUUCAAAGAGACUUCAUUUCCUUGCUCCCAAAAGAGCUGGCACUGUAUGUGCUGUCAUUCCUGGAACCCAGGGACCUUCUGCAGGCAGCUCAGACGUGCCGUUAUUGGAGGAUUCUGGCUGAAGAUAAUCUUCUCUGGAGAGAGAAAUGCAAAGAGGAAGGGAUAGACGAACCAUUACAUAUCAAAAGGAGGAAAGUAAUAAAACCAGGCUUUAUACACAGUCCGUGGAAGAGCGCGUAUAUUCGACAACACAGAAUUGAUACCAACUGGCGGCGAGGAGAACUUAAAUCGCCUAAGGUGCUCAAAGGCCAUGAUGAUCAUGUGAUCACAUGCCUUCAGUUCUGCGGGAACCGGAUAGUGAGUGGCUCCGAUGACAAUACAUUAAAAGUGUGGUCAGCAGUUACCGGCAAGUGCUUGAGAACAUUAGUGGGACAUACAGGUGGAGUCUGGUCAUCACAGAUGAGGGACAACAUCAUCAUCAGUGGAUCAACAGACCGGACUUUGAAAGUCUGGAACGCUGAGACUGGAGAAUGCAUACAUACUUUGUAUGGACACACCUCCACGGUGCGCUGCAUGCAUCUCCACGAGAAGAGAGUGGUCAGUGGUUCUCGAGAUGCUACACUGAGAGUUUGGGACAUAGAGACGGGCCAGUGUUUACAUGUUCUGAUGGGCCACGUAGCUGCAGUUCGAUGUGUUCAAUAUGAUGGCAGAAGGGUUGUAAGUGGUGCAUAUGAUUUUAUGGUCAAAGUGUGGGAUCCAGAGACUGAGACCUGUCUGCACACUCUGCAAGGGCAUACUAACAGAGUCUAUUCAUUACAGUUUGAUGGUAUCCAUGUGGUGAGCGGAUCUCUUGACACCUCCAUCCGAGUUUGGGAUGUGGAGACAGGAAACUGCAUUCACACACUCACAGGCCACCAGUCUUUGACAAGUGGAAUGGAACUUAAGGACAAUAUACUCGUGUCUGGAAAUGCUGAUUCUACAGUCAAAAUCUGGGACAUUAAAACAGGACAAUGUUUACAGACAUUGCAAGGUCCCAACAAGCAUCAGAGCGCUGUGACCUGUUUACAAUUCAACAAGAACUUUGUAAUUACCAGCUCAGAUGAUGGGACUGUAAAACUUUGGGACUUGAAAACGGGUGAAUUUAUCCGAAAUCUUGUUACAUUGGAGAGCGGGGGAAGCGGAGGCGUCGUGUGGCGGAUCAGAGCUUCCAACACAAAGCUGGUGUGCGCCGUUGGGAGCCGGAACGGGACUGAGGAAACAAAGCUGCUGGUGUUGGACUUUGACGUAGAUAUGAAGUGAAGGGCAGAAAGAUGAAUUUAUCCAAAUGUGUAGACGAUGUUCUCCUUUCCCUCCCCUUGAA